AUGAGUCCACUACCACAAUAUUAUAAGAAAGCACUAGCAGGACUUUAUAUCCGUGAUGAUAUCGUUGAUUCGAACAAUUCUGAUAAUGGAUUCAUAGAUUCAAACGAUGACCCAAAUUCAUCAACAUGGAUAUGGGGGAGAUGGAUCCUCUUCGUCAUAUUUAUCGCUGCUAUCCUAAUAUUAAUCUUUUCAACGGCAAGAGUGAAUAGAAGGAGACGAGCUAUAGGCCAAGCCCCCAUCAGAGGUACAGCAUGGAUGACUCCUCCGACCUACAGACAGUCGGAAAGGGCUUAUAACGGUAACGGUCAACAUGCGGAAGAUUACGUCCCUGAAUAUACAGAAACCGCAAACGAGCAAGAUUUAGGGUACUAUGAUGAACGUGGGGAAUUCCAUUUCAAUAGUAAGUCAGAAUAUAUUCCUCCUCCAAAACUAGAGACAGCAGAUAACACGAAUUCCAGCCCCUCACCUAUACAAAGACCUGAGAAUGCGUUCACAAGAGCCCCAACGGACAUAGAAAUGGAUUUCACAAGGCCAGAUCACCCACCUCCAAAUGCCUCCGGUUCUAAUGAUCAAGCAUCCAGUAUUGAUUUCAGAAGACCAAAUCAUCCACCUCCAACUGCGACAGGAUCGUCCAGUUGCGAUGAGUCUAGCAGAUCCGAUCACACAGGCGAUUCAUCUGUAGAGGAACAAGAUGUGCUUGCAUUACCUAAGAAGGCCUUCCAUCGUUAA